UCGGCCGCCGGGAGCGGCGCGCACGGAUUGGGCGGGAGCCGGCGGCGCGGGGAGGGGCGGAGCGCGCGGGCCGGUUGGCGCCCAGCGAGAGGCCGCCGCCAUGUGGAGCGGGCACGGUACCUUCGACGGUGGGUACGGCAGCGUGGGCCCCUCGGCGCCCGCGGGCGGCUACACGCAGUCCCCGGGCGGCUUCGGCUCCCCCGCCGGCACGCAGGCGGAGAAGAAGCAGAGGAUCCGCUCGCAGAACAUCGUGCCCUGCACCGUGUCGCAGCUGCUGGCGGCCGAGCAGGGAGACGAGACCUUCCGGAUCUGCGACAUGGAGAUCGCCCAGGUCACCAUCGUGGGCGUCAUUCGGCACGCCGAGAAGGCACCGACAAACAUCCUCUACAAGGUGGACGACAUGACCGCGGCCCCGAUGGACGUUAGGCAGUGGGUUGAUACUGAUGAGGCAGGUGGUGAGAAUGUUGUGAUACCUCCAGGAACUUAUGUAAAAGUAGCUGGUCAUCUUCGGUCUUUCCAGAAUAAGAAAAGCUUGGUGGCAUUUAAGAUGAUGCCUGUGGAAAACAUGAAUGAGUUCACCACACACAUGCUAGAGAUUGUCCAUGCGCAUAUGAUCCUCAGAAAAAAUCGUACGUCAGCAUCAAGAGUGCCUCAGUCGUUUUCCUCUACUGGGACAGGUGACGUGGGGGGCUAUGGAGCCGGUGGCAGCCUAGGAGUGAACGGACUCACAGCACAUCAGGGUCAGGUGUUGAACUUGAUUAAAAAUUGCCCUGUCCCAGAAGGAAUGAGUCUUCAAGAGCUGAAACUUCAGCUCCACCAUAUGAGCAUGUCAACAAUCAAGCAAGCUGUUGAAUUCCUUAGCAGUGAGGGACACAUCUACUCCACUGUGGAUGAUGAUCACUUUAAGUCAACAGACACUGACUGAAGUUACUUCCAGCUGGUUUUAGUUCUAAGCAAAUGCUUGUCCAUGAUUCAGAGCAGAGCUUUGCGACAUGGAAGGUAAUCUUCGCUCUUUCUAGCCUCUGAAAGUCCCAGUUACUCUAUGAGUGCCUCCUCCUUAGAAUUCAAGGAUGAGCAAAAUAUGUAGGAUUCUGUUUACUGGGCUUGAUUAUGUGCUGUGACCAUGUGACUGAAAGCAUAAACAGGCAUGGGAAGACUGAGCUCCUCAAAGCUUCAGAGCCUUCAGUUUGUUCUUGUCUCCUUAGAGGAUGCCUGUGUUAGAAAGAAGAACCUCUUUCUAAUCUUGUCCUGAGCAGAUCGAUUGUCUUUUGUUUCUAGAGCUGUUUCUCCUAACCCAGCUUUCAUUCUAUUUCAUUCACAAAGUGGAUUGCCAAGAGUAAUAUUCCACUUAUGCACAGUAAUCAUGAAUAGAUUUUUAAUUGGUUUAGUUUAUGCAUUUAAAUCUGUAUUUGUACUAUGAGGUAAUCUUGUUAAUAGAGCUUUUGAAUGUUUCCAAUAAAAUCUUAACUUGGUAGUCUUGCAUGCA